AUGAGCAGGAAUACACUGGGGGUUUCUCAGCAAGGGGAUCCUGAGCUUCCCGUAUUUUUUGGAUCCUUAAUGGGACAAUCAGGAUCCCUCAAUGGCGGGGAUGGGCUGGUGCGGAAGAACCCAACGGAGCUGGUCCCGAAAGGGGACGGAGCGAGGCUUUGCAGCGAAGGGGUCUACGAGACGGUGGUCCGCUUGGAGGAGCACGGACACUGGUGCCUCGAAUGCGGCGAAAGCUUUCAAGACGCCUUGCAGCUUCGGGAUCACCAGAUCUCCCAUUCGAGUCGGAAGCGUCCGGAGUGCCCGGAAUGCGGGAAAAGUUUCCGGGACCUUUCGCAUGUGCUCCGCCAUCAAACCGUCCACACGGGAGAGAAACCGUACGCGUGCUUCAAAUGCGGGCAGAGUUUCACCCAGAAACCAGCACUGAACCGGCAUCUGAGAAAACAUCUGGAAAGCCAGGAUGACUCAGGUUUCCUCCCAAGUAUUAAACUCUCAAGGACCGACAUGGCCGGUCGCAAGCGUCCAGAGUGUUUGGCCUGUGGGAAAAGCUUCCGGGACGUUUCCCAGGUCCUUCGGCAUCAGACGGUCCAUACGGGAGAGAGGCCUUACAGCUGCCUCGAGUGCGGGCAGAGUUUCACCCAAAAGCCGGCCCUGAACAGACAUAAGAGGAAGCAUCUCAAAGGCGAAGCCUACGAAGGAGACCAAGAACGGCACGGGAACCAGGAAAAUAGCCACCUGGAUGGGGCAACCCCUUCUUGGCCCUGGCCGAACCAAACGUUCCCCGGGAACAGAGUUGGCCCCUUUGCCAGCAGCCUGGGACAGCGGCUGUGGAUGAGUCAGCGUCCCGCGGCUGCCUCCGGCGUGGACCGGAAAGGCGGAACGGCAAAGAAAACCGUCAGCCGUCGAGGGCAGAAGAAACACUGGUGCUUUAUCUGCUUCAAAGGCUUUCGGGACAAGGCGGAUUUGGUCAGGCAUGACCGGAUCCACACGGGAGAGAAACCUUACCCCUGCCCGGACUGUGGACGGAAAUUCAGCUACACGUCCAGCUUGUACAAACACCAGCUGAUCCACAGGCGAACAGGCAACCCGAAAGGCACCCAGUUCAGAGAGAUGUCCGUAGAGUACAAUCCGGGGGAUUUUUCAGCCCUCCUCACAGCUCCCUCGGCCUCUCUCGAGGACUGCCGAGGGUGGAGGAACGGAGUGAAGUUGGAGGCGCCGGAGGAAAAGCCGCACACGGAGCCCUUAUCGGUAGGAAAGGCCGACAUGCGAUCCAGUGACUUAGCCUUUGGCAUUUCAGCAACGUAAUUCAAAGCGGUUGGCUUAAUUUCCCUGCACCGGGUGAGUUCGGGGCAG